CUUCUUUCUGGCGGGCCGGGUGCGGCCAUGGAGGGCGAGCCGCCUCCUGUGGAGGAGCGGCGGCGGCUGCAGCAGGAGCUUAGCGAGUUCGUGGAGAGCUGCUGCCGGACGCUGGAGGAGGUGACGGCGUCCCUGGGCUGGAGCCUGGAUCGGCUGGACCCCGGGGAGGAGGGGGCGGCAGAGGAUGACGUUGUGAUAUGCCCCUAUGAUUCCAAUCAUCACAUGCCUAAAUCAUCUUUAGCAAAGCACAUGGUAUCUUGUAGAUUGAGGAAACUGGGCUAUACCAAAGAAGAAGAGGAUAAAAUGUAUAAUUCUGAUUUUUUCUAUGAGAAUGUGAAGAUACCUUCAAUUACUUUGAAUAAGGACUCACAAUUCCAGAUAAUUAAACAAGCUAGAACUGCAGUUGGAAAAGAGGGUGAUUGUUAUAAUCAAAGGAUUUAUUCUUCAUUACCUGUUGAAGUUCCUCUGAAUCACAAACGGUUUGUUUGUGAUCUAACACAAGCUGAUCGUCUUGCCCUCUAUGAUUUUGUAAUGGAGGAGACGAAGAAAAAGCGCUCGGAUUCUCAAAUUAUUGAAAAUGACAGUGAUCUCUUUGUAGACUUGGCUGCCAAAGUCAAUCAAGAUAAUAGUCGAAAAAGUCCAAAGUCUUACCUUGAAAUCCUAGCAGAAGUGAGAGAUUAUAAAAGAAGACGCCAGUCCUAUAGAGCUAAGAAUGUUCACAUAACCAAGAAAUCAUAUACUGAGGUGAUUCGGGAUGUCAUAAAUGUGCACAUGGAAGAACUCAGUAGUCAUUGGCAGGAAGAGCAGGAAAGACCAGAGAAUGAUGCUGAAAAGAAUGAAGAAAGGCGAUCGGCUUCAGUAGAUUCACGGCAGUCUGGUGGAAGCUAUUUGGAUGCUGAGUGUUCACGACAUAGAAGGGAUCGGAGUAGGAGUCCACAUAAAAGAAAAAGAAAUAAAGAUAAGGAUAAAAACUGGGACUCAAGAAGAAGGAAAGAGAGGGAUGGGGAAAGACACCAUAGUCAUAAAAGAAGAAAGCAAAAAAUAUAAAUGAGGUAUUUGUGCAUGUAUUAAUUAUGCUUAUGCCAUGAUAACCAAUAUGCCAAUAUUUUAAUUACAAUUGCUUUGAGUAAAAGAAUGUGUUUCUGUGACUUGUUUAGUGCUCAGAUUAUUGAUUUUCAGUAAGUACUUAUGUUUCUAACCAUGAGUACACUAUCAUGCCCUAUAAUUUUGUUUUACUUAUAUUUUAAUAGAUGAUUGCUUCCUAUUACUGA